AUACCUUUCUGAUAAAUUAUAUAAAUAACGCGGGCCCCGCUUUUGCAUUCAGAGACGCUUUUCCUGUCUAAUCCAUUACGAGAAUGUCUGCCGUUAAAGAAUUUGUUGACUCCGCCGUUGAGGAGAACGACGUUUUGGUCUUUUCCAAGACUUACUGUCCUUACUGUUCUGCUACCAAGAAGACCCUCAAGGACGAGGGUGCCAAUGCUAAGGUGUACGAGUUGGACACCAUGGACGACGGUGACGAGAUUCAAAGCUACUUGGCUACAAAGACUGGUCAACGCACUGUUCCUAACAUCUUCAUUCACAAGAAGCACAUUGGCGGUAACUCUGACCUUCAAGCCAUCAAGAGCAAGGGUCAAUUGAAGGACCUUCUCGCCUAAGUUGUUUAUGUACUAUUUUAUUUUGAGACUUAAUGAAUCUAUGUGUCAGUAGACGAAGCAAUGACACCUUUUCGCAACAUUA